AUGGAGUGUCUCCACGGCCGUGUAUCCUAUGCCUCAUGGCGUCUACGAGUCUUCCGACGGCUUUUCCUCCCAUCUCUAGAAAUCAGUGGACAGCGAACCAUCUCAAGACGUACAAUCACGAGCUCAACUAGCCAGAACGAAUCGUAUCCAAAAUCCCAAUCCCAACCGAAUCACGACGCAAAUGCAAAGCCUGCAACCGAUGAUGGCACGAAGCCCCUCCGACUCUCCCAAACCCUCCCCCAAUCUCCCUUCAUGACCAGCGUCCACCCCCAACUCUUGAAGCAACAUAAAAAGCGCACUCCAACACACGAAGACCUGGAAGACCUCCGCCGGAACCCCUGGGCAAUGGCCCUCGCCUCGCCUCCCCGGAUGUGCUCAGUAACAGCGGUACGGGUUCCUCGUACACUCAUGAGCGACUGGGGGAUGGUCCAACACCCCGACACCAAAGAACUAUGGUUCCUGCCUGUGGGACUCCUAAAAGAUGAAUUGAGUUCUGCCGCGAGAAAUGAGCCGCAGACGGGCUCCGACUCCGCGUCCAAGCCGACGCCUGAGGGACAGAAUAUACGGCAUCUCAGGUUACGAAUUGUCGAUCGGCUUCCGGUGUUGCGGAAAAUGACACGGGCGUUGAGGUCGUCGCGGUCGAAGUCGGCUGUUCCGCGUCUGAUACCUUUUCGGUGGAAGCAUCCUCAUGGACCUCUUACUAGUAGAGAGGAAAAGCAGAUUGUUUGGCGGGAGGAUAUGCCUGGGUUUGUGCUUUCCAAGAUGAGGGCGGAUGCUCUGAAGCAGCUUAAACAUGCCUGUCGCAGGUAUAAGCAUCCUGAUGCUGCGGAUGGUGUCUGGACGACUUUCAGUCUUGAAGAAUACACCGAGGCGGCUGUUGUUGAGGGGCUGAGGGGCCUGGGGCUCAUUGAGCGUAUGGAAUGUGGUGCGGUCUUGGUUAUGGGGAUUUUGGAUGAUAAUAGUACUGCGACGACUGAGCGGGAAUCGGACGACGAAACAAUGCCUCAUGUUUUGGGGACACUCCCUGAAUUUGUUACGCUUCCGCAGGUGCAGUCUAAGGUACCUGUGUUUGAACUUGCGCAACUCUUCUCCGAGGACGAGCUAGAGGAAAUCUGGGGGUUUGACUCGCGCUUCCAAAGCCCCGCUCUGGUUUUCAGGCCCAAUGACAAGAUUACAGUUAAUGCGAUGCUGGCUUUGUGGAAGCUGAAGGGUUUCGUUCGACAUGACCCGAUAUGCGAAACUCUAGCUAGCAGCAAUUGA